AUGUCUGAUAAAAGCAUUUUUUUAAAUAAAUACAGCGAGCUUAGAAGUCUCUAUAAAUACUAUAUUGACUCAUACACAGCAUUGUAUCAGCUAAAAACAGAAAAUGAAGAAGAAUUAAGCUCGAUUUACAAAAUGAUCAAAACAAAUUUGAUUGAUUCAAAGAAUUAUCUCCCAAAAUAUAUCAUAAAAGAUAUAGUUGGCAUCAUUCCGUUCAAUAACCGCUAUAUAAAGUCAUAUUUGACUCUUAUGAAAUUCAUCACUGAUGAAUAUAAUGUGAAUGAUGUAAGCAAAAUUCCCAUCAUUUUUAACUUCGUUUUUUAUAAAGAAUAUGGUGUUAAAUUAGACAAAUCUGCUGAUUUUGAAAAAAUGAAUUUUAUAAAUUCAGACAUCCAUUCAGAAAAUACUAUUUACAGAGCAAUUAUGAAUAACGACCUGAAAGCAUUCAUCUUAUUCACAGAAAGAGAAGGAUUUGAUAAAGAUAAAAAACUUGAUAGCAAAUUAUAUCCAGAAAACCGAGACAGAUUACAUUUAUAUUCUAAUAAAGGAUAUUCAUUACUUGAAUUAUGCUGUUAUCACGGUGCAGUUGAUUGUUUCAAGUUCUUAAGAUCGAAAUUUAACUCAGAAAUAACUCAAAAGUGUCUAGAAUUUUCAUUUUUAAGCGGAAAUCCAGAGAUAAUGAGUGAAUGUUUGAAAUAUCAGAAACCAUAUGAUGAUUGCAUGAGAUAUGCCAUUAUUUCACAUAACAUUGAUUUUGUUACAUUCUUGAUGAAUGAGUAUAAUAUAAGUAUCAAUUUAUUUGAUUGUGGAUUCUAUAAUAAUCUUGAAUCAUUUUUAGUAUAUUUUGAUCAAACAAAUGAUGUUAAUAAAUGUUUUGUUAAUUCGGUAAUGUUCGAUAUUGCUAUUUGUGAGUAUUUCUUUUCACUUGGUGCAGAUAUCAAUGCAAAAAUUGGAAAUAAAACUACCGCUCUUCAUAUUGCAGCAAGGAAUAACAGUAGAGAAUUAGCCGAAUAUCUUAUUUUGCAUGGUGCAAAUAUCAAUGAAAAAGAUAUAUGUAAUCAUACCGCUCUUCAUAUUGCAGCCGAAAAUAAUAGCAAAGAAACGGCCGAAAUUCUUAUUUUGCAUGGUGCAAAUAUCAAUGAAAAAGAUAAAAAUGGAAAAACCUCUCUUCAUAUUGCAUUAGAAAAUAAUAGCAAAGAAACAGCUAAACUUUUUAUUUCAUAUGGUGCAAACAUCAAUGAAAAAGAUAAAAAUGGAAUAAUUGCUCUUCAUUGA